GUCAGGAUAUCAAACUCACAUCUCAAUAAUAGAAUAAUAAGCUAUCUUACCGCCCACACCAGUGUUAAUACUUCUUUCAAAUUGAAGGAUCCUAAAUCCGUUGCCUAAAGUAAUUCGAAAACAUCAUUCUUGAAACCCUCCCCUCAUUUGUCGGACGAGAUGGAGUUCUCCAAGACCACUCCUCCUCUGUCCCGACCCUCAUCUCGCAGGUCCUUUCCGAACCUCAACCACCUGUCCCUGGCGCCUCUCAGUUCCCGUUUCCCCAUCGACGACGACGACGCACCCUACGAUCCGACCUCGCCAUCCUUCCCUCCACAAGCUUCUUACAUCCAGGGCCGAUCCGCACCCUCAACGCCGGGCAUCCUGAGCCGCUCCCCGAGUCGACAUAGCCGGACGCGUCGCUCGCAGUACCUUCAUGAAGGACACGUGGUAGCUCAGACGGGCACCGCCGAACCCGACCAAAUCGCAUUGACCAAAGCGAAGAGCUCAUCGGCUCUGCUUUUCGCUCAUCCGGUCGCUCACAAGGGAGGCGCCGCGAUCCUGACUACCGAUCCGGCCGGGCGGCAUCAUGUUCGCCGACAUACCGGCCCGCGACUCCUUCGGGCGGGGAAUGAUGCGACGUGGUUCUACCGCGCCGGUCUGGCGAUUGCGUCCGAAACGCGGGAAUCGAAGGGCCAAAGCUGGCUGGUGAGCCGGGAGAGCAGCACCAAUAUGCUAGGCGACAAUGCGGACCCACAGAGAAUCCACCAGGGGACCAGCCACCAUGGACUCAACGGCCAAGGACGGACCCGCUUCGGCGACGAUGAAGCGUCCCCGACCACUCCCAAACGCUGGUCGCCUGGGAGCAGGCCUGGGAGUGCGCCUGGGAGCGCGAGGAUCAGCAGAAGAGGGUCAAGAGCCGGGAGUCGGCUUGAGAUGCUGACGCCAAUGACGAGGGGGCCAGCCCCAGCAGGUGGUGAUGGGGAUUACUUUUUUGGAGAUUCCGUAACUGGCCCAGACUUUGUGGACGAGCGGGUGCUGCAGGAAAGCCUUGAGCAGGACGAUGGCGAUGACGAACAAGACGGACGGGACGAGGAAGAAGUGGCGAGGCUCGCCCGGGACCAGAGUGCGAAUUUUGGUGGUUGGGUGGACCGGCUGAUGGGCUGGACGUUGUUUGAGGUCGAGGAGGACGGCGAUGACAAUAACAGCUUCGAAGUUUCCCCUCCGGCUGCAGACGGCACAGGUGACCAACGACAGCCACCGUUUGCUGAAGGUUCGGAUUCUAAAGCACUGCCUGCUGCUGACAUCGCACCCCCUGGGCAGGACGGUGGAUGGAGGGACGCGGCAUGGUUGCUUGGGGUUGCAUCGAAGGUCAUUCUAUGAGUAUCAUCGUAUCAUGAUUCCACACGUGCUUGAGCGCAAACUCUCAAGCGUAAAAUGCAGAGUACGCAAUUCAUUGAUUUGCAAUCGAAUCCACCACAGGUUGCGGACGAUGCCAGAUUACAACGUCUCCU